AUGGUGAUAAGCAAAUUGCAAUAUGUCCACUGGAGGACGGCAACUGACGAUGAACCGAAUGAAACGGUCUGGCGGAAGCUGAGGGCAGCCGAAUUCGGGAAACUGUUAUGCUCAGAAAGUAAAAACGUUAUACGUGAACUUUUCGAAGGGGGACAACUAUCGGACCCGGAAACGAACCAACCGGUGGGGAAAAAAGUUCGUUUGAUUGAUAACGGAAUUCAGGAGUGUGUAGAAAAUCCCGCAAGUCCUUUUGAACAACAAGAAUUGUUUGUUGUUUACGAAGAAUCUAUCGUUGCUUCAACAUCCGGUACUUCGUCGGCCAAUCCUCCAGCAGAAUCAGCCAGUGAAACAGAAAAAUUGGAAAUAUUUUCUCCAAUUGUUUUGGAGAGAAUAUUGAAAAAAACAGAAGGUGGAAAAAAGAUCAUAGCUGAUUCUAAAGUUGGACCAUUAUCGAGCCACAACCAAAAAGAACUGUGUAACAUCAUUUGUGCCUAUCAUCGUGAAACAAAAAGCGGCAUAUUGAGUGCGAAUCUGCAGCUCUACGAUCUGGUCAUACGAUCACUGUUACCAUUCGAGAAACCGAACAUAUAUUACAUCCCAGCCGCUGGGAAUAGAAGAAACCCUGGUGGAAAAAUUGCUAACAAGUUAGUUAAUUUGAAAACCAAACACAGGAGACAAGUUGCACUCGAACAGGACUACCAAAAACAGUUGGGAAAUGGUAUUGUGGUCCCUGAAAUUGAUGGUCUAACCAAAGCUUCCCAUGAAUGGUUGCUGCUAAACCGCGAUCCUUGGCAAACAGUUUUGCAACAGUGGGAGAUUUGUUUCGAGUUACGGAAACCUCUGAUGAAAUCAUGUUCCAAUAUUGUGAAACUGCUUUCAACAUACCCACAUUAUAAGUUGGAACAUGGAUAUCAACUGGUAAACUACUGGGAUUUUAAAACUUCAAUACAUUUAAAGUUUCUUUUUUAUUUUUGGCAGAUCGAUAUCGAUUUUCGCAUCCUGUUUGGAAAUCGUUCUAACGGAAAACGUUUGAAAGAGGUGAUUCCUAAUAUCACUGGAUAUCUGUCGAAAAAAGCCCGAGAUCCAUCUGCAGUUGACAUAAUCCAAUUUUUACAGGAUACUUCAGCGCCUGAACUGCCGCUAUUCUACUAUUAUUGUAUCUGUAAUUUUAUAAUAUUUUGCUGUGUUCUUACAGAUCCUAAGCUUUGUGCGUUGAUCCUUGGUCUGGCAACCGUAUUGCCCCCAAUCGCUGUGACAUCUAAUUUUAAACCGACCAUUCUGAAGGCGCAGGAGGAUAUCGUGCUAUGGGUAGAAUGUGAAGACCAGAUAGGAACAUUAAUAGAAAACAUUUACGCAACGUACGCCCAGUACAAUAUACCCAUCGUGCCAAAAUUGGCGGUUAUCGGCAACGGAUACAAGGAAAUAACUGGUCCAUUUUAUGUAUUUUACAAGGAUUUUUACUAUAAGCUAGCUUCUGUAGAAAGGGCAUUAGACGUUUUGAUAAAGCUAACUGCAGUAUUUGGAUUACCUCAUUCAAAAAUUUCGAGGCUUGUUUGGCAAUUUAUAUCCUCUGAAAUCUAUCAGUUGGAACACAAGGAAUCAUACACCAGCAUCUUAAAACUCCAGCAGUAUUUGAGGCAAAAUGAAUUGCAUGAUUGUUGAA